ACAGAGUAAAAUAUUAAAUUUGAUGCAAAAAUGCUUGGUGAAAAUUUGGCUGCAGAAUAUAGGGUAUAAAUUUUCUGUCAGUACAAUCAUUUUUGUCAGAUCUGGCAAAAUCUUGACGUUUGAAUUAUUUUGUCCUGCAGAUGAUAGAGGUUGUAGAAGGAUCUGGCAUGUUCUGCUAUUGACACCAGUGGGCAUAUUGCUCUGCAAGAUUUUCUAAAGAAGGCCCUACACCAAGUCAGGUGAUACAAAAAAUAAACAUGAAAAGUGAUGUGGAGGCCAGGCAUAUGCAAAGAGUUUGAAUAGUCUGUAGUCAGGCCCACAAGUUGAGAGGACUGAGGACAUUAUAGAUAUCGAUGCAUUUAUAUAGAUCAAUAAGCACUUAGUACUUGACAUUAUCCCAUGUUUGUAUAUAUAGUUAUACCAUGGUAAUUUAGUUAGACAAACUUUGCAAGUUCAUUAAGAAAUAGUAAAUUAGUUAACAAUUUUGUAAUUUGUUUAUUUAUUAACUAUGUUAUUUAUUUGUGUAUUGUGUUUUUGAAGAUUUUUUGCAUGUUAGUAAAACUAUGUAUGCCAGCCAGUACAAUUUUCUUGAGCUGCAGCAAGUAUAUUGGGAAUGGUGGCCACUUGUUUUCAUCCCGUACCAAACCCACAAUGUGUUAACAUCUAGCAUUUGGAUGUUAGAUGUUAACAUGGGUUUGGUAUGGGAUGAAAAACAAGUGCCCAUACCAUUCCCAGUAUAAUAUGAUAAUUGUUGCACCCAUACCAAUCCCAUAGUUUAUAUACAUCAAGAACCAUAUGAAUUCCAUAUCAUGUUCCCAGAUCAUUUCCAUAUAGAAUCCUAUCAUUCCCAUAGCAAAGUUGUCAUGAAAUGGUAUAAGGAACCCGUGUAUUUCCCAUAGUAAGUGAUAUGGGAUAUGUAUGGAUUUGUACCAAAUACGUAUCAAACCCAUAUCAAAAACAUGAUAUGGGUAUGCUAUGAAGGCAACCAGGCCAUACCAAAGCCAUAUAACUUCCAUAUAUGGCCCAUAGGUUGAACCAUAUCAAUCCCAUAGUUUAUACAUCAAGAACCAUAUGAAUUCCAUAUCAUGUUCCCAGAUCAUUCCCAUAUAGAAUCCUAUCUUACCCAUAGCAAAGUUGUUCUGAAAUGAUAUAAGGAACCCAUGUAUUUCCCAUAGUAAGUCAUAUGGGAUAUGUAUGGAUUUGUACCAAAUACGUAUCAAACCCAUAUCAAAAACAUGAUAUGGGUAUGCUAUGAAGGCAACCAGGCCAUACCAAAGCCAUAUAACUUCCAUAUAUGGCCCAUAGGUUGAACCAUAUCAAUCCCAUAGUUGGUCCAUAUAUGUCCCAUAUAAUUUGGUUUUGUAAGGGUUACUAUUCUGAUAAUUAUACCCGAUAACUCAUCGCAUUAAAUUAGAACUGUUCAAUUUGGCUGGCUUUGUUCAGUUGAUGUGUCUGAUAUUGAAUUAGCGACUACGCCUAAAUGUCAAAAACAACUACCUCUAUCAAUGUUUUUGCACAAGGUGGUCGCAUAUCAUGUAAAACUGGUGUAAUAAGUUGGGUUGUUUUCAAGUUGGUUAGUUGUUUUUUUUUUAUGUUGGGUUAAUUGUUCGACAACUCCCCUCCUGCCCACAAAGUAAAUGAAAAAGUGAACAAGGUUAUCUGAAGUGAAUAUAAAUAUCUCACAGACAGGUAUAUAAUAUAUCGAGUGGGUAGUGGACCUUGCCCUUGGAGAUUAAUUGUUCCUGGUAACAGCUGCAACUAAUCAAUUACACAAUUACAUUAUUUUGCUAUUAAUUAAAAGACAUAGUUGAAAGAAAUUAAUAUGUCCUGUUCAGUCACUUGUUGGAAUUAACUAUGAUAGUGGAGUACAAAAUAUACCUGCAAUACACUUUUGGUAUCAGCUAGCAUUUGAAAUAAUGCCUGACAUGGAAUGUGUUUGAUCAAAUACUCUGGCCAAAUAUAAAAAAACACUUUCAACAAACGAGUUUGGAAGGAGAAAUUGCUUUCAGAUAUGUAUUGUUUCAGAAUUGUAAGUUUGCCUUAGUAUAAAGAACUUGUAAAACAAUGUGUAGAAAACUUUUUACAGCUUUUCAAAUAUUGUUUACAGUCAAAAGACAAGAACCUUCCCGCUUCUGUAAUCUGUGCACGUUUUCUGUAAUUUAUUCUGCAUUACUGUAACAGUACCGAUUUAUAGACAAAUACGGCAAUAAAAUUCAAAUUUUGCAUCCUUCACCAGGAAUUAUCAAAUAAAAACAAAGAAAACUAAAUUUUGUCGCCAUAUUUGUUGAUAAUUUGGCAAUCGCUACAGAAAAACAGAACAAUUUACAGAAAAUUACAACAGACUACAAUCCUUGUCAAAAAUAUUGGCACACUUGACACUGACUGUGCGAAAUUUGACUCCCACAUCAAUAACAAGCAUAGCAACCCCUUCCCCUGUUCAGUGUUGUGUGUAGUGUGGUAUACGUCCAAGGUGUUACACAACAUUGAUAAGGGGGAUUAGGGAGUGUUUGGACAUGAAAUUUUGCAUAAAAUGGGCAAGUAUGUAUGUGGUAGUCAGAAAUGAAGUAAAGGGUUAUACUAUUUCGACUUAGUGCGCCAAGGAUUUUUGACCAGGAUUGUAGGUUCUUGUAUUUUUCCUGAAUACUUAGAGAUUUUGUUGCAUCUCAUUUGAUUGAAUAAUAAUGGUUGAAGGGUCUUGUAGAUGGAAAUUAUGAACUGUAAAUUUACAUACAAACAUUGAAUAGCCUACGUAGACUGAAAUAGUUUUGAUCUGUCUAAUGCCAAACGAUUUUACUCAUCAAGGGGAGAGCGAUGGUGCUCAAUGGAUUAAAUAAGUAGCUUUCUACCAUGUUGGAUUAAACAGCUUUAUGAGCCUAAUGGUUAUUUUUUCAACCAAGAGUAGUUUUAUGUGGGGCUAACCCUGCUUUCUAUGUCACUAAAAGCAUAUUUGUUGAUGAGGUACAAAUUAAUCAAAGAUGGCAGACUGCUCAUUGUUUUCAGUCACAAUAUUUCUAAUAACUUAAAAGUCCUUAGCAUAUAUUUAGAUGGAUUUGAAAAGGAUUUAGAAGUGUUAAAAUGUUGUGGCUUAACCUGCAGGAGUGUACAAGCCUUUACAAAAAUCUCUAUUAUUUCAAGCACUAAAUAUGCACUACCAUACUUCUAAAAAAUACAAAACAAUGGACACUCCGAAAAUGGUUAACAUUUUGAUUCGAUGUUUCAACUAGCUUGCAGUCAUCAUUCCUGAUGAUGACUGCAAGCUAGUCGAAACGUCGAAUCAAAUUGUUAACCAUUUUCGGAGUGUCCAUUGUUUUGUAUUUUUAAAAUUACUCAGUGGUAACCGUAACUUUCUACCAUACUUCCCCCGUCUCUUUUUCUAACCACAGCUUUUCAACAAGAGCACUUCUAAUUUUCCCGGCUUCUUCUGUAGCAACUCUCUGACUGUUUCCCUAUCUUGUUUCUCAUUGGCACUAGGAUCAACUGAAAGAUCCAAUAUUUUUUGGAUAGUGUCCUUUAGGGUAAGGCAGAUGUUAUGAAGAACUAUACAGGCAAGAACAUUCAUUCGUACCUUCUCACUGCUGCUUUCACAUUAGGCAGAAUCAGCAACCACAAGUGGAGGAAUGGUCUUAUUACCAACCUGUUUCCCAACUCUUGGUAAGCAGUUUCCCUCUUGAAUUUUCGCCCAUAGGUCAGUUGACUGAAAAAUUACAGAAUCAUGCGAGUUACCAGGGUAACCACAACUUCCCCAAAUGAACCGAUAAUGAGAGUCAACCAUGGCCAUGAGUACAACUAAGAAGAAGUUUUUAAAAUUAUGAUAUUCCUUGCUUGAUUCUUGGCCACCAGGAGGACAUUUUAUUGGAAUGUGACAGCUGUCAAGCGCUGCCCAACAGCAGGGAAACUGCCACAUUUCUUCCAUGUCAAUGAUUUUGUUAUUGAAUUCUUGUUCUGAAUGUGGCAUGAACUUGUCAACACUCUCCAAAGAUGUUUAACCAUAGCUUCACAAACCUCCUCCGUUAUGGUGCAGACAGUUGAUACUCCAAGACCUGUCAUCUCUGCAAUAGUAUAAUAAUACGAGCCUCUUCCAAGACGAUAUAGGCAAACAGCAAGAAUUCGGGAGAAAUGGGAACUUCGACGAUGCUUUUGCGCUCAAGUACAUGUCUAAUGCAACUAAGAAUAAAAGAAAAUGUUUCACAAGAGACUCUGAAUGUCUUUUUAAACCUUGCAGCUGAAUAUGUAUGCCAAAUGAGGUUCCGCCAGCCAGAAUUUCGUGCAAGUCGACGACAUGAACGAGGUACUGGGGAAAAAGCGUUCUUACCAGACAAAAGAAUAAGCACCACAAACAUCGAUACUCGAAUUCUCCUAAUCAAAAGGGUGUGUAGAGCUGAUUCUACCAUUCGUCUUCAUCUCUUUCCACGUUCAAACAUGCUCCGGAUAAGAACAAUAUUUUUUCUGUUGAAUUUCGCCAUUUUGAAAAUGCAAUAAACAAGACAAAUAGGGAGCAUGCGCGCAGAUGACCGCAGACCAAAGAUAAUGAAAGCUCGCCAUCGCAAUUAAGGUAAUUCCGCAGUUUUGCAUUGUGCACCUUUACUGCACACAUCUUAUAACUGAUAAUUUCAUUCAUUAUACGUACCAUUUAAAACAAAACAUCAUUUUAUGACAAUUUUAUGUUACUUCAAAACAUCUUUGGUUACAUUCGUGCAAAGAAUUGUGUUAAAAUCAAUGUUUUCAAAAAAGGCAUAGAAAAGUGUAGCUAGAGUUUGCUGUGUCUGUAGUAUACUUAUUUACUUGUAUUUCAUGUUUUAAUGCCACAAUUCCCUAAAAGAUUGGUGACCCCCGUUUUUUAACUGAUAAUUUAUUUCUUUAAUGCAUUUCAUAUCCGAAAUUGAAAGAAAAAUCAUUUCUGGAUUUUGAAAAAAAUCCUUUAUCAAUGCAUGUUCUCAAAGAAAAAUAUGUGAAGAAAUGUGGAAAAGACAUUUAUCGAUCAGAAUUGUACACGUUAGUAAUUUCAUUUUGCUCAAAACACAAUAUUUUUUUCAAAAAUAAUUACAAGAUAAGUUUACUAAAGCAAAAUCCACACUAAAAACGUCAAUAAAUAUCGAGCUGUUGUGAUUUUGCUGUUACUUGUAAUGAGCGUCAAGAUGGCGCCAUAUUGGGUAAAGGUGGUAUAUUGUGAUUGUCAUAUAUUCUUAACGAGUUCGGCGACUCCAACUUUUUUGUGCGAUUUUACUUUAAGUAUAUCAUAAACUCUAUGCCUGGGAAGUUUCAACACAUUCUCAUUUCGGGAACAAUUACUGCGGAAUUACCUUAAGUUUGACUUGAUUAAGUUCGACGUUUGAAUCAAUGUCGAAUUUUGCUGAACUUUGCCGAACUUAAGACGAAUUAGGUUCGGCACAUGAUAAGCACGACGUUUGAAACAGGCCUUAGUAUUUACAAGAAUUGGGGCUAGCUGGCUAGGGACCUAACAGAAACCACAUGACUACCAUUUAAGGCCCCUAUUCCCUAGAUCAUAUAUUUACAAUAAUUAAAAUAUAAUAUGCCAGUUCAAAUGCUUAUAAAAUACAAUUCCAGUUAAGUAUUACACUGAAAAAUACAAAAUAAAAUGUGGCAAUUAGCUAAAUGACAGGUACAAUAACACAAUUAUAAUUUUAAAUUGAAAAAGAAUAUAGUUACUGUCAUAAGCAUGGAUUUUAUCCCAAAAUAUCAGCUAUCAGAUACCUAUCUAUAAAAGACGUAAAAACAUAAAUCCAUUCAAAACAGUAGCGUAGCCAGCCUGACGAUUCAGUCACUAUGCAUAUAUUUUCGUGUUCAUUGACUGUGGGCUGGCUACGCCACUGAUUCAAGAUACACUAAACAAUCUUGCCUGGACAGUAUAAAUACAAUAUGUCCAUUUCAUUAUUUCAAGUCUUGGGCAUUCUUGACUUGAACGAAUACGACUACCACAAUUAUUUCUCAUGCUAUUUCUCUACUGCUUUCACAAUGUUUGUUGCAAGUAUAAAACACCAUUCACGAGGCUAGAUGUUAACAUAGCACAGUAUUUCUGGCAAUGAAACGCUCAAAGUGACCAAGUGACCAUUUCACACAAACUUUUAUCGAUGGAUAAUUUUGUGAGUUUUCAUCCAAUUCAAUCAUAUAUAUGCUCAAAAUCUUUGUGGUAAGUUUCUCUUUACCAUAAAACUUGACUGAAUAAGUUUCGAAACAAUGCGACGGCAAUAACUGCAAAAAAUCCUGAUUUUCAUAAUGGAAUCUAUAGUCUUUCUGCCCUCUUGUGCCGCCAUCUUUGGAUUUACAUGAAGCUACAUCCAUAGCUUGGAUUUACUGCCUGCGCUAGGUAUGUGUCAGCAAUCUAUGGUUUCGGCUUCACGAAUUAAGCAAGAUCUCACUUAAGCGAGCCAGCCAUGUUUCCAUAUAAAAUACAAUAUGAAUAUUUUAAACUGUUAAAUGCUUUGAUCAGAGAAACUUUUUAUGUGUUUCUAUUAAGUGAGCACAAGUUAUCCAUGAGAAGACAGCCAAAGCCAGUAAAGCAUGGCCAAGCAGAUUAAUUUAUACCAUUUGUACUCUGACAAUAAACACUAUGUAAACAGCCAUCCAAAACAUUUUGAGUCCAAAUUGCACUCAUUAACACGUUUUCAUUGAUAACUCCUACUCAUGAGUAUCAUAUCUUUAGGCCUUAAUUAUAUCAUGUGUUUCAGUCUGUAAAUAAAAGAUAGAACAGUUCGUAUGUAAUGACAGUGUAUAAAAAUAGUAAAUAAAGAGAAUUUUAUAGUCAUUAAAACCUCAAUUAAUGGGCUAAAGAUUUUCCAUGAGCCAGCAGAAAAAAUAUUGCAAAUUAAAAACAAGGAUACAGAUAUCUAACAACCUUAACUUUCCAUUAAUUGAUUUCGGCAAAGCGUGGUUUGGUCGACAUGCCAAAUAUGUAUGCCAAAUGAAUAAACUUUUCUUUACUGAUAACAUUGUACCAUGAUCGGAUUUAAGAAUAAGAUGGCUCAACAGUUUUCAAAAAAAUGGACAAUUCACGAUUUUGGUCCAUAUUUUUGAACAAUUAUUAUUUGUUUGAAAACAAAAAGUAUCUUACUCAUGUAAAAUGACACCUAAAGGGUUUGAAUUUUUUGCAAAAGCUACGCAACUGCCGUUGCUAUGGCAACAAUGAUGUUUCAAAAUGGCAGAUAUAUUGGCUUUAAUUAAAGUAAUUUAAUUCAAAAACAACAUUGGGGAUCCCAAAAUUUUAUUCCAUAAAAUUAUUUUGACAAUUUAAAAAAAUUCUGUUAAGCCAAAAAAUUAUUAUGAAUCACAUUUAUGUAAUUUGGUCCAACACAAAUUUUCUCAAAAUUGUCAAAGUAAUUGAGUAUACUAAAAGAAAUCAUUUCAUGAAAUAAAAUUGGGUGGCACCAAUGUUGUUUACGAGUUAAAUUCCUUUAUCAAAGCCAAAGUAUCCACCAUUUUAAAACAUAGCUUUUGCAAAAAGAUUCAAACACUUUAGAUGUUGUUGUACAUCUAAAUUGUGAAUUUUCAAUUUUUUUAAAAAACUGUACCUAGCCACCUUAAUAUUAAGUAGCACAGGUGUAGCUUGCUCACUUUUGUCACUUUUUGAAAACAAAAAGUAUCUUACUGAUGUAAAAUGACACCUAAAGGGUUUGAAUUUUUUGCAAAAGCUAUGUAACUGCCGUUGCUAUGGCAACAAUGAUGUUUCAAAAUGGCAGAUACAUUGGCUUUAAUUAACUCAUUGAGUCGCAUUGCACCCUGAUGCACCCUACUUUAGUAUUUUAUUCUGUCUAAUAUGCCAGACGAUCUUAAUAUUAAGUAGCCAACCUUAAUAUUAAGUAGCACAGGUGUUGCUUGCUCGCUUUUUGAAAUUAAUGGGUCUUAAGUAACAACUUCCACUAAUAUGUACUAUUAAUGCACUACAAGUAUAACAGGAAAAUCGCAAACGAGAACUAUCUAAACAAUUUUGGCAAAGAUACAGUACUACUUCACCCACAAGUUCAUAUGUUAUUCAUAUGUUGUCUGCUAUAAUUGGCAUUGUUAAUCAUGACAGAAUUAGAAAGACAAGCAAAGGCCUUUCUGUAAAGCAACUGCAACUUUCAGCAUCAGAAAUGUGUUCUUUUAUAGAUAUCUGGUCAGGAAUUGUAAGGUUUGACCAUCGUGGGAACCUGCUGAGUACAUUCCUGACGUGGACAAAAAUAAAAGUUUGACUGAAUCACAAAGUCUGUUGGUACGGAACUUCAAGACCUAUCACACAGACAAAAAGGUCCUUGGCGUAAAAUUUCUUUUUUGCACUUUGAAGCCUUGCAAAGCAGGUUCUUUCCAGGUUUUGUUCCUUGUGGGUUAAAUACCAGGAAAGAGGUUGAUUUUUUCUUCUGUCUGCAGUUAGGAUACUCUUGGUGUGUUGCAGUCUUUUAGUGCACUUUACUUUAAAAAAAUGCCUGGCAAUAGUAAUCACCUUUUAAUAGUUGCAUAUGCUUUUCUAGCAAUCUCAAAUGAAGUUGUUGAAACAGGAUAUUCUAUGUAAAUCUGCAUGAUUAUAAUUAUGAAAUAGGUCAUUCUGUCGAUCAUCAUUCUUAAUGGACUACAAACAUACUACUGGUCACUACUAUGCUGGACAGGUUCUCAAUGCCUGUUUAUUUAUAAAGACCUUUUACACUCCAGUAAAUGCCAAUCUGCCUGAUUGAUAUCUUUCAAUAAACUUGUCAUUCUAACACAUUUUGUAAAAUAUGUGCACAAUUAUGUCAAGAAAGAUACACUUUGAAUGAAUUGUUGAUAAAAUUUCGCCAACAACUGUGUUUGAGUUUCACAAAGAUUUAGAAGAUAUAUGUGUAAUUUAACAAACCAAUCAUACGAAAUGUAUUCAUAUUACUCAUUCUUGCAAUAAUUUAUUUCCUUUUUAACUGAAGGAUACCACAGACAUCUUCAGGAAUUACGCACAAUGACCCUUGCAUGGAUACUAGUUGAGUGAUAGCAGUGAUGACGAACAAAUUACAACAAUCUUAAAGGAUGUUGAAAGGCAGAUUAUUUUGGUUAACAGAUUGAAUACUAGCUAUUUCACAAGUCAAAGGCUUUUAGACUUCAGUUAUUUUUUUUUACCCUUACAGAAAUAAACUAUAGUUUUCGACCAAAAACUAUAGUUUUUGGGUGGAAAACUAUAGUUUCCAAAAAAAACUAUAGUUAACUUCAAAAUAACUAUAGUUUGUCUGCAAUAAACUAUAGUUUUUUGAAAACUUUAGUUUUUGACUAAAAACUAUAGUUUUUUUGAGAAAAACUAGUUUUUGGUGGAAAACUAUACUUUCCAAAAAAAACUAUAGUUAACUUCAAAAUAACUAUAGCUUGUCUGCAAUAAACUAUAGUUUUUUGAAAACUAUAGUUUUCUACCACUAGUAUAUAGUUUAGUUUCAUAUAUAUAACUAACUAGAAAGGGGGUCUAUUAUAGGGGGUACGCAUCUCCGAAAACCGCACUGUUUUUCAAAUUUUAACCGCAAUCCGCACACUCAUAUCUCUUUUAAAUGUAACCGCGUUCAAACCGAGGCAUAUGUGGUAACAUAUUUCGAAACAUAUUCUGCAACAUAAUGUGAGGCAAUAGACCAAUAGUCAGUACGUAUAGUCGCCAUUUCUAUUGGAGUAUUGAAGAGGGAGCCGCCGUUCACAAGUUUCACGCGAACUAGGUAGUAUAAAAUUUGGCAAUUGGCAAAGCAAACAAAGUCUUAGCAGAACAAAUAGGCUAUAAAAAGAUUUUCCUUCCAUCGCUGCUUAUGUUUUGUAUGAGAAACAACAAUCAAGUUGCUUUGAUUUCAUCUUUUCGGGCAAAUAUUUAUUACUUUGAAACUGAUUUCAGUUCGUAACUAGUAGCAAUCGGCAAGUCAGAGACUCAUAAUAUUAAAAAGCAUGUUUUAUUUAAGAAUAUUCUUACAAAUGAAAAAUCGCCUAAAAAUACACUUUUAAUUACAAAAUUAUCAAUUUCCCAACAUAUAUAUGUUAGGCAUAUGUUAUUUUAUACGUAAUAUAAGCUUCAAUUUAAGGUAAAAUUCAACCACAAACGCUUCGCAAACGUUUUAAAGUGUUCUAUAUAAAACUAAAUGGCUUUAUCGAUAAACUUUGAGUUUGCAAUAAAAUGAUUUCAAAUUCUUGCAUGCAAACAACUUUACUUGUCUUUUAUUUAAAAAACUCAAUAUUAAAGAUGCACUGAAAUUAUAUGCUGUCUUGUUUAGUUGUUUCAUAUACACAAAGGCCAUCAGGUUUUAAAGCCAUUAUAAAUCCAAUAUUUAAAACAAACUUACCUUUGUUAACGUCGGCUCCCUUCUUUUAGCCAAUUCUUUCGCCCUUUCUUUCUGAGAAAACUUUUGAAAUUUACAAAAUCUUGCAAAAAUGCGAGCAAAAAAGAAAUAUAUUUGCAAGAAAUUUAUCAAUCAAGAAAUGUUUGCUAUUUCGCUGUCGUCAUGCAGUCGUUGUAAUGCAAACUUUAAAUUGGACCAAUCAGUGUCCGCUAUUCAUGACAGUCCACCAAAUUUUUGAGAUCAGCGAGGAUGACCACCUAUCGGUGGCCCACGCCCGCGAUAAUUGAUGAAAUUUAGACUUCGCUAAUGCUUUUGUUUCCCCAGGUGUUAAAUAGCCGGGGGGGGGGGAUUAGUACCCUUGCAAGGCGCCAUCAGCUCGGGGAUGAAAACUAUAGUUCUUUACCAAUACACUAUAGUUUUGAAUACACUAUAGUUAUGAAAAGUAUAAUUCCAUACCAGUAAACCAUAGUUUUCAUAACUAAAUGAAUAUAGUUUUUUGAAAACUAUAGUUCUUUAAAAAUGACUAUAGUUUCUAUAACUUUAAAAUACUCAUUAAAAAUUCAUAAAACUUGGGGCAAAUCAUGUCAGCCAUAACAGUCACUUAUAUCUGAUAAAACUCGUGCAUCCUAAUUAGUAUAUGAUUAUAUAAUGGUUCAUUCUAAUUAAUAUUCUUUUGUAGUCGUAUUUUAAGUACUAUUUAGAGCAGGUGCAGGAGUGUUUUAUCAGAUAUAAAACGCUCGGCUGCACCUCGAGUUCUAUAUCUGAUAAAACACUCCUAAACAUGCUUUAAAUAGUACUAUAGAGAACCUACCACAUAAUUCAGUUAUUGCGCUGUAAACAAACUGUUAGUGAACUAUAGUUCUCUGUUUAUGACUAUAGUAAUUUGCAAGAAUUAUAAUUCCCCAACAUACUACUUGCAUGCAUGCCUUCGUGUUAGCAAAACUAUAACUAUUAUUGGGAAAAUUAUAGAUUUUUUGAGCAAAUUACUCAUUAGUUCUGUGAAGGUUUAAUAUCUAUAACCUCCAUUUCUACAUAAAGUAUAAAAUACCUAAAAUUAGAUAAAGUUACCUGCAAACAGAUAUUUUUCAUGUCACUAAAACAUAGAUUUAUUUUCAAUUCACAUUUAAACAUUUAGAUUAAUUUUCUACAAGAAGAUAACUGUAAUACUACAAGAUAACAUUUGGCAAUAUAUGAGGCAGUACAGUAAAAUCUCGCAUACAAGAUAUAAGAACCUAUUGGAUUAACUCAUUCCCAUCCAGUCGAAAAGUAGCAAUUUCGAGUGGUAUUGUUUUAAACGCAUAUAUCUUUCAAACUAUACAUUGUACGGAAACAGAAAUUGCAUUGUUCGAAAGAGGAGGACUUCCGCUUUCCAAAGAUACCAAUUUCAAUUGUGCUUGGUUAAUGAUUUACUCGCAUACAUUUGCAUAAAUUAUGAUAUAAAAAAUGUUGCAAUUAUGCAUAAAUGUAUUUACCGGUUCAAAUUUCAAAUAUGUCAAAAAUUUUAUGAAUGUAACUGAAAGACACGGUUAUGAGCUACAAGUACCCGACGUUUCAUGCAUGUAGCAUAAAUAGAAGUAUUUUUAUUAAAUUUUUAUAUAAACUAUGUAGUUCUUACUCUCCAAGGAUAGUAUCGCACCAAAAUAAGUCUGUGAUACCCACAAAAGAACACUCAAAUCAUGAUUAGCAAAAUGUCUUUAUUUCUACAGUUACUACAUACAUUCUUAGAUAAUCAUUACACCAUUGACUUUAGUUAUUAGUGGCAUAACCAGCCUGAAAAUUUGGUCAUGCUAUUAAAAUUUGAAAUAAUCACUACUCGUUUGUUUAGAAAAUUAUUGUUUUCACAAUCUAGAACAUGAAAAUAUUUGCAUAUAGCAUGACCAAGUGUUGUUGGGCUGGCAUCAUCAUUAGUAGUUAUAAAAAAGUAAUGUUUUCCAAGGCAGUAAUGUUUGCCAAAGCAGUAAUGUUUGCCAAAGCACAUAAUUGGAUUAUGUGGUGAAAAUAUUUUCUUUAUAUUGGACCACAAAAACCUAAGAGAGGAUGUCCACAAAAAUCAAACAUAAAGCGGCCACGACUGAAAAAUCGAUUUUGCUCAAAUUUUGCCCGGAUAUAGCUUAUUAUAUCGGAAAAUGCACCAUAUAUUUUUUUAGGUCAAAUGCUUUUUUAACUUUGAGAAAAUGCCGUUUUAACACGACCACCCUAAAUCGCCAUUUUUUCUGGGAAAAUAUGCGCUGAUUCUACAGAUAAAUUUCACGACGACAACCGUCUCUAAUCGAUCUAAAACCCUAAAAAUCUUGUUUUCGGUUAUUCAAAGGACUGUGUACAUGACUUACUGGAAAUCUGAGUUACUUUUAGGAAUAGAAAUAAUCGUAGUUUUGGAGCACACUAUCUUACUUCAUUUACGAUACCCUCUUAACAAAAUCGAUUUUCACCAUGCGAUAAAGCUAGCUCCAAAUCGAUCAUGCUUCUACUAGUUGGCUCUUUAAUAAACAAGCUUUCAAUUGACGUAAAUACUUCUUUUGGCAAAUGAAUACGCGAUAAACGACAGCGCGUUGAAAUCUUCCGUUUUUGACGUCUUGCAAGUCAAACGCUGUUAAUUUAUACACCGUCGAAGUAAACAAUUUAAUCAAGUAUUCUAAGUAUUUUAACUUUCGAGAAAAAACAUAUUCUUGAAUGGGGACUUUUCGCUUUGCUAAGUUUAAAAGUGGUCCAGAAAUCCCAGUAUAUUUGUAAAAAAAUCAUCAAACAUCCAGUAUUUUGAGACAUUGUUGACGGUUGCAUGAUAACUUCAGAUCAUUAUUCAACGUGAUCUACCACCCGGCCGUUUGACUUUAGCGCUAACAUAUACAAAUCGAUGAGCUAUUUAAGGAUUAUAUUUGCUACUAAAUUCCCCAAAAGAAUUGUAACUACAACUGCUUUUUCGGAGGUUUUGAUCCAUUUUGUUCAUAUUAAUGUACCAUUUUAUUUAUCGACUGAUGUUUACAAAUACGUUAAUUAUUAAGCAGCUGUUAGCGUGCGUGUACAUGUGAAAUGAACAUUUAUAAUGUUUAUCCAUAUAAGGAGUUUUUAUUUUUAGUUUACCAGCCCUUAUAUUUGAAUAGUCGUUUCCUUUCAAGUUGUUUUCUUUUUUUAUACUCUGCAAAGUUGAUUCCGAAAUGUUAAGGUAUCCGAAAAAACUAUCAAACUUUUCCAUUAUAUUUACAGAGAAACGUCACAGCUAUAAACCCCCCUCCCCCACCCCAAAACGAACAUAUGACGUUUCUUGUGGAAAAAAUCGAUAUGUGAGGCUUCCCUAAAACUGCAAGGUUUACACUAUUGAAUUAAAAUCCCACAGACCACAACGAUUAUACGUAUUGAUUGUUUCUUGACGAUAGUAGACGCGUACGUGCAUGUUGCGGAAGAGGUUAUUUCGCUGGCCUCAGAGUGACAAAAGGUGCUCUGGUUCUAGAGGUUUAAAAUAAUAAACCUCUGUUUGAAAGCGGCAAUUAAUUCAUCGAGCCGCGCCAGUUAUGAUAAGACAAGGGCGGCGCCAGGGCCGCCCAUGCAGGGAGGCGGCAAAGGGAGCAAUUUUCUCCGCGACCCCAGCUCAAGGAAGACAGGCAAAUACAAAUUUGCAAGGCGAUAAAAAGUUUGUCGACGGAGGGGGGUAAUUGUGGUUCACCGGGGCCCCAAGGGUAUAAUUGGCCCUGGGGCGCCAUAUUUCACUGAGCUGGUUUGGGCUGCGCCAGUAUUUCUCCGACGGGGGGAGUCAUCAGUGCUCUCUUUUGAUCUUUGUCAAUUGGCAUUAAAACCGCAAGAACUACCGACAAGUGACCAGGGCCGGAUUAACGUCGCGCGAGGCCCGUGGCAAAUUUUAGCGCGAGGCCCCCAAACCUCCCCCUUUCUUCUUUUUAUGAAAACCAUUAAAUUUAAAGACACACAAAAGUGUUAAACAAUUUUAUUCAAUAUUUCAAUUUAUUUGCAUCAAUUAUAAACGAGAUAAUGGCCUGCCUGGCGCAGUUGGUGGGUAUAAACAGGAUCAUAAUAUAACAGCUCAACGCAACUAAAGAUUAUAUGAACACGAGUAUUGCAUAUUUUCCCGGGGCCGUGCUAGGGCGAACUGCCAAACCUAGGGGCCCUAAAUGCGCGAGGUCCCUAAAUUCGCGGGGCACCUAAAAUGGGUAUAUCCCAAUAGAAAAUGGCCGUGUUCUCGUAAAAAUGGGCGUAGCACAGUAAAGCGCGAGGCCCACGGCAUUUGCCAUAUUUGACACGUGGUUAAUCCGGCGUUAAACGAGCAACAAGCUUUCAUUUUCUUUAAACGCGACAUAUGGGGAGACAAUAAUAAUUUGUGAUGUCGCACUGGGCCAAAAUACUCAAUGCUGUAUUUUUGGGUACUAGUACUUGUGAAAUAUGGCCAUAUAAAAUAAAUUCCUUGAUUCUCAUCACCGCCCGACGAUAUUUUGGUUUCCGCGUUGAUAUAUUUUUGUAUUUUGUUAUAAAAUAUAAAUUUACCGCCCGAACGAGCAUCUUCAGAGAUUUAGUUAUUUUUAUAUUUUAUAUUGGAAUUUUUGCGAUAUAAAAUUGUUUUGCCGUUAAUAUUGCAACAUGUUAAGGGAUGCUUGGAAUACUGAAGGAAAAAUGGGCUUAUAGCCUUAUUACAACGAUUUGUGUGGACCCUUAUGCAUGUUCAUUAGCGCAUGUGCAAUUAUCCACUUAUAUAGCGUUCUUCUAUAAUAUAUUUAAGGGCAAAUAUAAAAAGACCUCCCUCUCCAAUUUUUUAAAUUUUAAACUUUGUUUUUAUAUUUUGACAUAAAAUAUAAACUAUAAACCUCCCGCCUCCUGGGAGUUUUUAAAAUUUAGCGAUGAGAAUCAAGGAAUUUAUUUUAUAUGGCCUAUAAUAAGAUCAAUAGACAUUAGUGUAUCAAAAUAAAGUAAUGUUACUGAUUAUUUUAACUGUGCAUCAAAGUAAACACACAUUAUUCUAAACUACAGUAUUUGCUAUAUGCCUAUAAUUUGAGUUUGAGGUGGUAGAAUAUAUAAUAAAAUAACAAAUCCUUGUAUGGAUAAAUGUUAAUUUCACAUGCACGCUAUUAACAGCUGCUUAAUAAUUAACUUAUGUAUUCGUAAACAUUUAUACUCGAUAGUCGAUAUGUAAAUACUAAAUGGUACAUUAUAUGGAUCAAUGCAAACUGGAACAAAACAACAAUUGUCAAUUGAAGUUCUAAUUUUGGGAAAUUUAGUAACAAAUAUAAAAUCACUAAACAGCUCAUCGAUAUGUAUGUUUGCGCUAUUAAAAGUAGACAAUAUUGAACAAUGAUCUGAAGUUGUCAUGCAACUGGCAACAAUAUUAUAUUUCAAAAUACCUGUAUAUGAUGAUAUUUUACAAAUAUCUCGGGAUUUUUGGACCAAUUUUAAACUAAGCAAGGCAAAAAGUCUGCAUUCAAGAAUAUAUCUUCUUCUCAAAAGGUAAAAUACUUAAAAUACUUGAUUAAAUUGUUUACUUCGACGGUAUGUAAAUUUACAGCGUUUGACUUGCAAGACAUCAAAAACGGACGAUUUCAACGCGCUGUCGUUUAUCGCGUAUUCAUUUGCCAAAAGAAGUAUUUACGUCAAUUGAAAGCUUGCUUAUUAAAGAGCCAACUAGUAGAAGCAUGAUCGAUUUGGAGCUUUAUCGCAUGGUGAAAAUGGAUUUUGUUAAGAGGGUAUCGUAAAUGAAGUAAGAUAGUGUGCUCCAAAACUACGAUUAUUUCUAUUCCUAAAAGUAACUCAGAUUUCCUGUAAGUCAUGUACACAGUCCUUUGAAUAACCGAAAACAAGAUUUUUAGGGUUUUAGAUCGAUUAGAAACGGCUGUCGUCGUGAAAUUUAUCUGUAAAAUCAGCGCAUAUUUUCCCAGAAAAAAUGGCGAUUUAUAGGGUGGUCGUGUUAAAACGGCAUUUUCUCAAAGUUAAAAAAGCAUUUGACCUAAAAAAAUAUAUGGUGCAUUUUCCGAUAUAAUAAGGUAUAUCUGGGCAAAAUUUGAGAAAAAUCGAUUUUUCAGUCGUGGCCGCGCAAUGUCUCAUAUGUUCGAUUUUUACUGACAUUCACUCUUAAAGUUCUUUUAUACAAUAACACACGCACCCCACGCAUAUGCAUUUUAAGGUUUCUUUGCCUGGCUGCCCAAAGGGCAUGUUUCAGCAUGAUUUCAUUACUUACAUUAUUCAUGCUUCUUGUGCAAACAACUAAAUUGCGUACACAACUUUACAUCAGUUAUCAUAACUUCAACUAUCUAAUUUGCGCCGCCCUCGUGAUUCGUGAAGCAUAAUAAAGGGCAUAUUAUAAGGGCAUAAUACCAGCAAAAAAGGGUAUAAUUCCCGUGAUCGCUUCGAUCGAAACCUGACCAAUAUUCCGGUAAUGAGACAUUGCCUGUGAUCACUGAUCAUGUUUUUAUAUGAACGAUUUCGUGUGAGCUGUGAGGUAGCAAAUACGGUUAGGCAAAAUAGUCUGUAAUUUACUAUAUGUCGCCUAUGCGCUUAGUCUGUUUUGUACUGUAGCCUAUAAACAUGUCUUUUCUUGGCGGAAGUAACCAUAUUUUUUCGAGAAUGUGUUUUUGCCCACCCACUUUCAAAAUUCGGCGCCCCAUUUUCAUUUUUGCGCCCCCAAAGAAUUGCCAGCUGGGGGGGGGGGGCGUGGCCCCCCGCACCUGCCAGCACGCCACUGUGGGUUGGACAUCCAUGCUAUUAAUCUUAGGGCGUGAUCCAAACAAAAUUUAAGCUAAGUUUGUUUGAAGACAACCACACCUUAACAUUUUUCAAGUCAUUAUUCGAUAUCUGUAAUCUGCUUCAUUUAAUGUUUUUCCCACAGCUGUAAGGCUGGUAUCAUCUGCAAACAUCCUUGGUGUUGUAUGUUUGAGACAAUUUGGCAAAUCAUUUAUAUAGAUAAUAAACAGAAGAGGGCCAAGUAUACUUCCCUGAGGGAUGCCGCAAGUUAUUCCUCUCUGAUCUGAAAGCAUUGCAUUUAGCUGACAUCUCUGUGUUCAAUUUGUUAAGUAAUUACUUAGUAAAUCUAGGGCUUUAUUACCAAAGCCAUACCCCGUUCGAACUUACGUAAAAGAAUUUCAUGGUUGACAGUAUCGAAUGCUUUCUUUAAAUCGAGAAGAACAAGUAUGUUGUAUAGGCCACGGUCCAUGGUAAUAAACCAUUCAUCAGUACAAUCUAAAAGUGUGGUAGUUGUUGAAUGAAAUUGUCUAAAACCAAACUGAUGUUCUGAAAGAAUAUUCUGUUUCUUUAAAUAAUCAUACAGAAUUUGGUCGUACAGAAUCCUUUUCAUCAGUUUGCUGGCCACAGGUAAAAUUGAGAUUGGUCUACAAUCUAUUGAGCCGAUUUGUUGUAAGCGAAUGGCAUCCACUUGUGUAGUUGCGGUUUCGACUUCUGGCAUAUACAAAAGGCUUGUAAAAAGGGCAUGCAUGCAGAUGUCUGCAAUUUCAUACAGGCAUUGAGUUAUUCAUUACUUUUGUGCUACCUGAUAACAGUUUUUGUUUUUAUAUCCGACGUCAUCGCGUUUCCUGGCUACAACCUAAAGCCGGUUUUCCACUUCGCCCGUACCGUACCGAAACGUACUGGUGAGCAUGCGCAGAUUGAAAAGAGGUUUAUAAAUCCACGUACUUCCGGUUGUAUUCGCGUAUCUAAAUAAAAAAUGUACGUCGCAAUUCAACUUUUUGGCGUACUACGGAAGUACUAACCAAUCAAUAUUCACGAAAUUUUCGAAUUUGAAACGUUUUUGAUACGUUUCGGUACGGUACACUUGAAGUGGAAAACCGGCGUAAAGGUCCCUAUUAGGUACGACAGAAGUUGUGGGCGGAGAAGCUAAGAACACAGAUUUAAUCCACAAUACAUAGAGGCAAUAGUGUGUAAGCGGUAUAGUGCAAGAUCACUCCAGCUUCUGCUAACAUGCCUAAGUUUCGGACAACAAGACAAAGAGCAUUGUAGACUGUUGGAGUGGACUUCGCCAGAUGAAUCUCAUACAAAAAGUAAAAAAGAGUUCAAAGCAAGCGUUACGCAGCACUCUACACCUCACGGCUGUCCAUGACAGUACACCUUCUAUCGGACAUGACUGUUUAGGAGUUCAAACAAAGCCUUGGAGUUUAGGACGAGGUAGGGCAAGAUCAGAAAAAAUCGUUCGCAAUAACGGGAAAGCGUUUAUCGAAACUAUCAAGUAUUUUAGAGAGCUGGAACGGAGUUAAGUACAUUAUCAUUACGCGGCCCGAUAUGACACUUGCUGCCUUUAUGCACGAGCUCAUAUUGGGGCGCCAUUUUUUGAGCAUACGCUUGGAGUGACGAAAACUUGUCUUCAAACCACACCUGAGAAAAGUUCUACUCGACAGGGGAAACAAUGCUGAAAAACAAACCAUUACGAUUACGAACUGCAACCCUUAUAUAACAUAAACCUUAUAAGGAAGAUAAAAAAAAGUUGGAAGAGAUAGCUAGAAAGAACGUACAAGCGAGAAAAUUACACAGCGCGAUGCAAGGGUGCAUGUAACGUGGAACAGGUGCUCAUUCGAAUAGGUAAAGGCUACAACAGAUGUCAGUAAAAAAGCCAAUAUCGGGCGGAGACAUCAUAUUUAAAAGAAAAGGAGAAACAGCACCUGACCUAGAGAAACUGACCGCGCGGGAAAUAACGUGCUGGUUUUGAGCUAUCACGGUAAGGAAUAUAAUUGUAUACCACAGCGGAUAAAGAGAAACCAAUGAAUCGGAAAGCAAAACAUUUAAACCGAGAGUUGUUCGAGCUGUAAAGACAAGGGCUAUGGGAAGAAUUCAACAGGGCUGCCAGUGACACUCAAGAAUAUUAGACAUUACUGUUAUCUCUUGGAUGGAUGGAAAGCGCAGGGUGGUAAAAAAAACCCCAGUUGGCUCAAAUUCAACAUCGUAAGGCACACCUAGAUCUGGAACUCGCGAGUUGCAUAACCUGUAACACUCUGUAUAACUGAAACUCAGGUUGUGGUGUAAAUAUUAUACGGCUAGUUUUGAUAUUGCCAUAGACAAUGCUCAGCCCAGAGCUUAUUCAAAAUAUAUUUUUUGACUUAACCUGCGAUAAAGUUUGCUAAAUAGAAGUACUUCAAUAAAUGUAGAUGACAAACCACAGUUGCUCCAAACACUGGAUUAACCCAAUGGUAUGAGAUAUUACACAUUUACAAGACGAACAACCGUGUGCCAACGUUAAUAUGUUGUGUCAUCAACAUAAAACAAUAACCAGCGAAGCAAUACAUUAGAGUAUUUAACGGAAAUACGAAAAAAAAUGAAUUACGAUCAUUGAAAAGACGUCAGAUGUUUGUUUUCGAAGUUCUCCAAAUACCAGCUAACCAGAAAUAGAGAUAUUGCGGCAACUUAUUUAUCGUUCAUGAAUGACAAAAAGUGCAGUCCACCGGAUAUAGAAUUUUUCGCAUGUAAAGAUGGAACGAAUAAUAAUAUUCUGCGCGCAUAUUAAUCACGUUCGCUCAACGUUGAGUACUGAAUGACAUAUGAAAUAACUUCCACAAUCAUGAGGAAGGGUUAGGAUUAAAGAAACAUUACAACAGACCAAGUUUAAUCUGAUACUUACCCGGAUACCAAAAGUAAGUAAUAAACCGAAGGUGGCUUACACCAUUUUCCAAUGCAUAUUUCACUGCCUGCUUCUCUACUUCUUCUGAUCCGUUCAACUGCUCAAAUAUCUGUCGACAAGCUUGCCACAAUGUUUUAUGUGCAUCUCGCAAAGAUACUGAAAAGGCAUGUUUCCCAUAUUUCCCAUCUGCCCGAAGCCAGUCCACCACUGUUUUGUGGAAAACAGUUACACAAUCAUCAUAAACAGGCAGCAAUGCUGAAAGACAUUCAUUCACCUUGGUUAUCACUUUCCUCGUAGUACGGGUAGAUCCAGGCAGUUUAAGAAUCUUGGCAAUAAGGCUUAACGGAAAAGGGUUUUGCAUGGCAACCAGAAUUUCAAGAAUUUUAUCAAACUCAAUGUCGAUUGACACUUUCUCUAGUUCCUCUUCCAAACGCUUGAAAUACUUUUGGUAAAUGGAAUGUAUUCCUUCAGGCACAACACUCAAAACAUUCUUCACACUGUUCAACUUACGUAGUUCUAACUGAUAAUAAUACGCAUAUAAAAAUGAUCCCUCGCACAUUUCAACCAUUUUCUCCAUGUCAUCUUGAUUAACAGUAUAUCUGCUGCUCACACAGGAAACAAGAUAAUUCUGCAAGUCCGCUUUGUUGCCUUGAUCAUCACGUAGUAUUUCGACAUGAUUCAAGCGUUCCAAUUUCUCCUUCGUAACUUGCUCGAGUCGGCUGGUUAAGAAGAUCUUAACCCACUUGGGAAGCAAUUGAAAUUCUUCAUCUAUUACAUCCAACAAAUUAUUCUUCUCACCACUCGAGCUCUCAUCCAACCCAUCCAGAACAAUUAGAAUGCUGGACUUUUCAUCUGGCAGUGAAUUCAAAGGAUCUUUUAAAAACACACGAAAUGCAUCUCCAAUGGUGGUGAGUAAUGGUUUUCGUUGUAACUGCGCAGCUAAUUUUUCCUUAAAUCCACUCACAUUCUCACACAAUUGACUUGCUAAAGACUCAAGCAUCUUGCGUGGAUCACUGUAAGCUGAGAUGGUUGACUUAAAGAAGUGGCAGGCCUUUAACUGGUCUCUUUCCUUAUACUGCUUACAAACUAGACCAGCAAACGUACUUUUUCCAAAUCCUGCAUCAGCAGUGAGGAUCAUAACUUGAGAAUUAGAAUCUCGUUGUUGAAACCAACGAUCAACUUUCUUGGAAAGCCAUUCCCUGGUCCCAGGGUGAAAUGACUCAUUAUAAAUCUCAACGUUUCGCCGAAAGUCGCACUUUUCCAGCAAAUCGACAUCAUCUAAACAUAAAAAGUAAUGUAUAAAUGAAAAAUAAAUAAGCUAGCACAUAUCUUUCCAAUCCCUUGAAGAACGUAUAUAUUUAAAAUUACAAUUAAAACACUCGCAUCGGGGUUUAAAGCACAAUUUCACAAAAGAACAAAAAAUUCAUAGUUUCCCACCGUUGACUCUGGUGAGGAGGGGUGAUUACGGUAAAAGUUCAACAUGUGGAUAGUGGUCACGCUUUGGCUACACCUCGUUCAGUGUUUAAAUGUUCGUUCUUUGUUCACAAACUCCUGCAUGUAAGACCCGAUUCCGUACAAAUAAAGGGCGCUGCAAUAAUUAAAUUCAAUCUGACUACAAUGGAUACACAACCCAUUCUCGUCCUCUGUAUGUAAGAGAUAAACACCGAGAAUGGAGGUUUUCUCGAAUUCGAAUCCGGAAGGCCGCUGCACUGAUCUAAAAACUAAGACUGGAUAGAGCAACGUAAUUAAUGUUGAAGGCAGAAUAUUAUUAACGAGGAAAGAUUUUUAAAUGUUAUAUUCUUACGAAUCAAAUUGUUACGUGUUUAAGUUAGUUAUAUCAUCAAGCAAAUAUCUUCUACGUAACUUGAAAGAUAUAGCUCUUCGCACCUCUUCCAAUGAGUUUCACGUCGUUUCAAACAUGAGAUAAUGUGACUUGGUGUGACCUCAUUAAUUAUUCACUGACAAAUUUCAGAAGAAAGAGAGGCAACUAAUAACCAAUUUCUCUGUAGGCAAUAUUUUUCUGCUCCUAGUUUCAACAACUUUAAGACCCUUUUCUAACAUGUCCACAACAUCACUGUAGCUUUGUGGAUUUAAUGCCCCAUUAUCUUCAGUUAUGCAUAGCCGAUUCCUCUAUCCAUUCCUUCAUUACAAUUCGCCCCCGGUGUAAGUGUGUAAUUGAGCCUGCUUUUCAACUAAUCAGCAACAUAGUAGGACGCAUGCGCACUUUGACAGCUCCGAAUUUCGGCAGACUUCGGUAUACUGUCGGGAAAAUAAUCGGAAUGCAACGGGUAUCUCCCAGUUUGUUUGUCUCUUGGAUGAACACGUUGUGUUCGCUUGUAUUGAGAAAUUUUGUGUCAGUUCUAUCAUGGCCAGAAAUCACGGACAGGAUUAUUCUAUUUCCUUACUAACUUUGCAAAUCAUUAAUACAUAACCCAUUGAAAUAUGGCUUCGAUAGUAAACAGUAAAUUAUGUUACGAGAUGCUUUAAAUCGGAAAAUCAAAGAAUAUUGGUAGUCGUUUGCAAUUUGCCUCGACUGCUGGCCGCAGAACACGGUCUGUUGAAAUAUAUCGUGUAGUGUUUGCCUGGUGUAAGUUACUGCCUAUUCUGCAUUUUCGUUUGUUUCUAGUGGCUAUAGUGCGGUAUUAUUAUAUAGAGUUAAAUAGAUAAAUUUCCGUACAAACUAUAGCUUGUGUACAAAUACUGAAAAUGGAAAAUGCUCACUAAUUAAAAUCAAGUCAACAUUACGCUAAAUACUUCGACCGACUUUGAUUUACAGCCAGCGACUGAGGCAAGUUGCAAACGACCUACCAUAUUCUCUGCUUUUGGGAUUUACAGCAUCGCGUAAUAUAAUUUACUGUUUACUGCAGAAGCCAUAUUACGAAGGACGUAUAAUAAAUCAUGUUCGUGAUUUCUGGCCAUGAUAUAUUUAAAUGGAAUUUUCUGAUCGAAUUUUUAGAAUCGAGCGAAACCUGUCGAUUUAAUAAUUACUGAAUAGCUAAAAUAUUUAAAUACAUUCAAAAAUGCUUUCCCGGCUUAUUAUAGAAACAAUAUAACUUGCAUAUCUUAUAUUACUGCCUCAUUCGGUGGUAGCCUAAUAUAGACGUAAAAUAGCCCUGGAAAUGACGUUAAACUUUAUCUUCCGAGUACAAAAAUCAACAAACUAAACACGGAUUUCCGAAGUUUGAAAUUUGCUUCGGAGUGCAAUCGGAAUAAAUUAGAGCAAAGGUAACGUAACGACCUAUGGGAUAUAUACCCCUGGUGCAAAGGGUAAAAUUCCCGGCUUGCAGUAGGCGCAGCAUUACACAUUCAGACCGGGCUAGUUUUGUCAUGGUUUGAGAUCAGGCCCGAACGUUCCAACUUAGUUUAUGAUUCUCGAGGUUUGUUCCCAAUAAGUCUAUAUGCGUUAUAAAUAUUGCCUUGAAAAAUGGGUCCUCCAUUUUCUGGCGACUUCGAGCCCCAUGUUAGCAAAGUAGAACGACGUGAUAUUGUAUAGCAAAUACUGUUACAGAAACCUGGUUUGUCUGAACUUAACUGGCGCGGAUUGUCCUCGGAUGCAUAGAAUGGCAAGAGUGAAGGAAUUAGAGUUUAAUAUUAAAUGUGCAGCACUGUCCAAAAAUAACGUAACGCGCGCGCUGUGGCUAUAUUGCUGUUUGGUUGAUUGAGGGCGAUUGAUAACACCUGCAUUUGAAAAAUACGAUCUCUUGGCGUACAUAUCCCAGUAAGGGCUGCCUUCACUUCAGAGCCAUCGUCGGGCAACCAUGAUAUUGUAUUAUACUGUAUAUAAAGAAUACGUAACGCUGUGUUGUCAACCGAAAGUUGAGCCGAGCGGGAUUUGUGGGUUGACAACACAGUGUUGGGUUCUUCAUGGUUGCCUUCCUGUUAAGUGUUUUUCAUACAUCCGUAUAACGGCGGAAAAAAUGAAACCAUUUUAUUGUUGCUUAUAAAAUAAUAAAUGAAUGAAAUGACAUAACUCAAUUUUGCAUAAGAUUCCAUGUGUAUUUGUGGAAAGAUCUAAUCUUCUCCAUGUGUAUAUACGUAUACGUGUGAGAAACGUUUAAGUUUGCAAAUAUCAUCAUAGAUCUUCGUUUUGUCCACAUUUCUUCGUUUUGUCAGCAUAUAUAUAGGGUCGGCUUGUAAAAAGCCGCUCUUGCAACGUUAAAUUAUGUAGUGAUAAGCGAUAACUAUUAGAAUAAGAUCGUACGUGCAUGCGAAUUAUUGCUUCGGAGAUUGAUUUAUAAACUAGGGGCCGAUUCUACAAGCUCAAAAUAGAGAGCAAGUCUAUAGAUUCAUUCAACAACCAAACUAAAAGUUUUGAACCUUCAUUAAUAGAACGAUAAUGUUUACAACUACAUAUUCAGUGCACAAUAUUUAUGUUGACCGAUUCACAAGAGAUAUAAGCGUGUACCUUAUUUAAUUUUGACUUAAUAUCCACCGUUUAAGCAAAACAGGCUUGAUACAACUGGCUAUAGGUUUCCAUCACCAUAUCCAUGUAAGCCGACUUAAAAUAAAUAUGUAUGCAUUCAUGCACUUAAAGUAAGGGGCGGACCGGUAGAAAAGUGAAAUGGUGGGGGGGGGGGCUUUUCUAACUUGUACUCCCUUGCACGGAUUUUUUUUAUAAUUUUCCCAAUAGUGAAAAGUCUCUGCACGAAUUUUUUUUCAAACUUUCAUGGUGUACGAAUUUUUUUCUUUUUGUUUCCUCCGCGCGAUUUGUUUUUGCUCCCAUCACUUUUCUAAAGGUCCGACGUCCGAGAGAAUAGUUAGACUAUCCGUGUAUAUAGUUAAUGGACCAUUUGCAUUAUACACUAAAUUUUGAUCUAAACAAGUCUAGAUAAAAAUUUCAUCACCGCUUGAAAGAGCAUCACACAAUUAGUAAUAUUCCAAAGUUUCGUUGCGAAAUAUUGUAAAAUGCGGAUGAUAUAGCCUUGCGAAGUUUGCCGUUUUUCAGUCAUUUUGUAUUACAAACGGGAAAUUGAUGCCCCAACACCCGAUUGAGCUGUCAAUUCCCCCUCGUAAUACAAAAUGACUGAAAAACGGCAAACUUCGCAAGGCUAUAUUAUCCGCAUUUUACAACAUUUCGCAACGAAACUUUGGAAUAUUACUAAUUUGGUGAUGCUCUUUCAAGCUGUUAUGAAAUUUUUGUCUAGACUUGUUUAGUUCAAAAUUUAGUCUAUAAUGCAAAUGGUCCAUUGGAAUAACAAAAAUUUGUCAUGACGGAACGGGAAAAUAAUAUUCAAAGCCGGACAGAUGUGAAAAGUGUUUGGUGUAUAGGACACUAACUUAUGAAUAUCUCAAAACAAGACAUUUUAAACAUUUUCAAAAGCCGAAAUCUGUGUUCUUAUCUAUGUUACGAAUUCGUGAGGAAUGAAUAUACAAAAUAUUCUAUGCCAUGGGCACGCUAUAGUUGCAUGUAUGAACGAUUUUUCAUUUAUAUAUGAAACUUUUCUGUUCAAUACUCUUGAUUCGGUUAAACUCGAAGUGACAUACUGUAGGUAUCACUAAACUCGGUCACAUCUAACGAAAAACUGCGUCACUCUUUAUGGUAUAUAUAUAAGUUAUCCAUGCUCGAUUUUGUGUGUCAAAGUUCUGGAAGAUAAUUCAGAUUCCAUGUCUUAAAUUACUGGCCAUUAAAGUAGUAUCUUAUAGCCAAAUAAAUAUGCAUACGUACAUGAGCGACAAUUGUCCUGGGCUUCCUGUUCCCAAAUAGUAAAGCGUUGUUCAAUAUUGUUCUGACGUUUCUUAAGGAUAUCUUGGUCGUCCUGUAGGAUAGCUUGUUUAUCCUCUACCUCUGGAAGCCGUUUCUCAAUUUCUUUUAAAUCUAGCUGAAUGUUGGUUAACAUCCCCGUCACGUUCUUAAUUUGCUUUUGGCUUUCAAAGGACAUAGUCAGUACGUCACUUGACAAUUUUCUAACAUGCUCUUGUACCACUUUAACCAAUUCAGAAUCAACGCCAGUACUCAUGCACAAUCUAACACCUACAAAAUAAAACAAUCAUUGGAAAAAUCGCAGAUCUCAAGCUAAAGCUCAAUUUAGAUUGUGUCACAUGUGAAUAGUUCGAACGCAAAACCCCCUUUAACUGUGAGAAAAGGUUACGAACUGUUGAAAUUCUUUCUGUUAAGCUGCAAGAUAGAUUUUCAAGAUAAAACUUUAUAUUUACUGCGAGUAAUACUGAUACUAACUGGGUAUUACCGUCACAAUGUAAACGACUGACUUCGAAGUCGAGACUUAUAAUGUUAUUUUAAUUAUUAAAUAAAAAUUGGGCCUGAAAAUUUGUAAUCAAUGGAGCUGUGCAACUCUUUCAGUGUCUUGCCUUGCAUUAUGUUAAGCAACUUGUUGUAUUGUUUCCCAGUAAGUUGUAUUGUUUCGCGUUUGGUUAGUUCCGCAUUUUCCUAUAUGCAUGGGUGACUGGGUGUCGUACGUAAAUUUGUCGUAGGUGGUUGGUUUGUGUUUGUAGACGUCAGAGAUGCUGGUUUGAUCCGAGUUAGCAUGCAGUCAGGUUCUUUAUAAGUUUGUUUAAAUUUAUAUGACACAAUUUCCUUUAAACAAGUCUAUAAUACUGAGCAAAGCUAAACACUAGUCAAUAUUAUACUUCUAAGAUAAGAACUGGAACUUAAUAAUCGAUUACGGGCGAGAACUAACGUUUUUUCUAUAUGAUCAUGAAGGAAGAGCUAACUGCAAAUAAUAUUCAAGGCAUUGUUAUGUUUUUAAUAUCAUCCAUUCCUGAAAAUCGAUGAUUAAAAACAGUCAAAACGCAGAUAAAUAAAAUACUUUCUAUAUUUUCGGUGUAGCUGCAUGUUGUUGUGUUUUUUUUUAUGAAAACACCAAGCGGUUCAGGGCCGGAUAAAACGCGUACUUAAGUGCGCCAAUAUUACGGUCUGGUAUAGUUAUUUUCUUCCAGCUAAGUACGUGCCACGUAGGUACUGCAUGGGAGAUAUCUUAUUUGCGUAUUUACCUUUUGCUAGUACCAUAUGACCUUUUCAAGCCAAAGAUAUUCAAAACCGUAGUCAUAAUUUGUUCUAUUAUCACAUGUGUAAAUCUAGCAUGUCUCGGCAUAAAAUAUGAUUGCGAGGGGCAAAUCACUCGAAAAGUCUCGUAUACACUUCCUCAAAAAGUCCGUAAAAAGUCCGGAAAGUCCAGAGGGAUUCUAAAAAGUCCGCAAAAUCCCUUUAUCCAGUAAAUCGGUAAAAAGUCCAUGUAAAUCAUUGAAAAUCUUUGAAAAUUCUUUAAAAUCCGUAAAAUUGCAUAAAAUCAUCUUUUAAUUUGAAAUAUAUGUCGAAUAAAAUAAAAAUGUCCUUUAAAAUGAUGCCAAAAGCCGCUCUGGAGUUAUAAAUACUGCAUAUACUUCAUGUAACCACAGUUGAUUAUUUUAUUUAACCUGAACCACCUGAACUUCAGGCCCUGAAGGCUGGUACCGCUGGUUAGCUUCCGCGAACGGAAUGCAGCGAGGUGCUUCUUGUGAUCGGAAAUAUGAAUUCGAGUAUGGUUUCUUGCCACUGCUCUGGUAAGUGUAUUAUUUUCAUGAGAGAAUAUCGUUUUAUUGUCUGCAAAAAAGUCUGGAAAAAAUUAGACAAAAGUCCGACAAAAAAAUCCUGUACACUUUUUUCGAGUGAUUUGCCCCUCGUAUGAUUGGACUGAUCGAGCUUUAAUUAAAGAUGCUUGAAUCAAUGGACCUUUAACGUUAUAACUAAAAUUUUGAUCUAGAUAAAAAUUUCAUCACAGCUUGAAAAAGCAUCACAAAAUUAGUAAUUUUCCAAAGUUUCGUUACGUAAUGUUGUAAAUUAUGCGGAUAAUAUAGCCCUGCGAAGUUUGCCGUUUUUAAGUAAAUUUGUAUUACAAACGCGAAAUUGAUACCCCAAUCGGGUGUUGGGUAUCAUUUUCCCGUUUGUACGUAAUACAAAAUUACUAAAAAUUGCAAAUUUCGCAGAGCUAUAUUAUCCGCAUUUUACGACAUUUCGCAACGAAACUUCGGAAUAUUGCUAAUUUUGUGAUGCUCUUUCAAGCUGUCUAGACUUGUCUAGAUCAAAAUUUUAGUUAUAAUGUUAAAGGUCCAUUGCAGUGCAUGCUUUUACAUGCAAUUGUGUUACUUAUUCGAACUCUUAGUUUUAGGUUACUGAAUGAAUAUCUUUCAGAAACCUGCACAUUAUCUUGAAGACUUAGUACACCUUGAGUGGUAAACGCGUAAAAAUUAUGAACCCGCUGUUUAACAGGAUUGAACAUGUUUUGCUGCCCACAUUGUUCACACUUGUCAACAAUAUUGAACACUACUGUUCAGCCUGAAUCGAGUGUAACAAUAUUGUUCAACAUUGUUGACAAUUGUGAACAAUGUGGGCAGCACAACAUUGUUCAAUCCUGUUUAUAUCAAUAUUGCAAAAACCUGAUCGCUUUUAGCCGUGUAAGUUUGUACCAGCUGGCAAUAAGCAAUAAAUUACCGUCCCGCUGCGACUAAAACCCUUGAAUUGCAGCACCCUGGUGGUUCCCGUGAUUAUAAGUACGAAAUUAUCUCCUUGCGUCUGCAAUACAGCAAGUUGUGCCGAAUAACAAUAUGCAACAAGAAACUUUAAGAUAAAUAAUAUAAAGGCUAAACAAGUACCUUUAUCUUCCCAGUCUUUAAGAUCUGCUAAAAUUUUACUUUCAUCUGCAGGUGAUAAACCCACCCCAGUCACAAGCUGUUUCAUCUCGUCAAAUCUCUUCCUGAAAUUUGCUUCAUUCCACUCAGUAAAAUUGCAAUGUCCCCAAGCAUUUCUGCCUUCUCUUACAGUAUUUGCCGCAGUUUGGAGAGCAGCAUGGAACACAGGAAUUCUGCCAAGCAGAAUUAGCACAGCAGAAGCAUCACAGGUCUCAUUAAACGCGUUAAACUUGGCCAUGUAGUUCUGGAGAAAGAGCUUAGCAAAGUCAACAUGUGAGGUAACUUUGUAGUCAAAGGGUAUUCUUGACUUCGUGUCAUUACCGUUGAUGUUCUCAUACUUCAUAUUACGCUUCGGGUACUUCGAAACUGGAAGGUUGUGCGAUAUCUGAACGUCAAUGCCGUGGUUUAAUUGGAGGUCGUUGUAUUCCUUCAAAAUUUCUUGUUCUAGUAUGGGACGUAUAGAGGGAACUAGAACAUGGUUGAGGGCAAUUCCGUAGACACACCAUCGUUUAUUGUCCUCAGUUAACAUUGUCAAUGUAGACCUAUAUAAAAAAGAAAUAAUUUUAAUAGACUGUGAAUUCGCAGCUAGUGGGACAAACUCAAACCCUCUUUCAAAGAAAGCUGAUUAAUCUACAUGCAAAGGAAACCAGCCCAAAAUUCAUGGUAAUUACUUUAUAUACUAUCAUUUCAGUGGUCAGGUAUCGACGAAAAUAAAGUAAUCUGAUUGGCUGGCGAGCGGUCCAGUUUUUCCUUUCUGGGCCUAUCAACCGGUUUUGAGCAUGUAUGCUGGACUUGAUAUUAUUUCGACAAAAUGCAGAAAGCCAAAUAGUGGUUUCACAUUUUAUCACGCACCUCAAUUCGAAAUAAAUACAAAUGAAUCCACAAUCCAAGAACGCCACCCUAAAUUCCAUAGUUCAGUAGUAUGCAUAUCAUUACUUUACAAUACUAAUAAUAACAACAGUCCUUAUUAUUCACUAGGAAUGUCUGAAUCACUCCACGGUGUUUUUCGGUGCCACUAAAAAAGUCUAACUUCCAUUAAAUUCAUUACAAGCGUCAUAUACUGUAUUUCAAGCCAUAUGUUUGUAGGACAUUGCGUGAAAACUAUCCUAUAUGUUGCCAAAAAUGCUUUGGGUUGGAAUAUAAUGCAGAAUCAAACAACCACUUACAAAUUUGUUGAUCCCGUAUCUCCCAUUUUGAUUACAGCUUUUUCCUUAAUAUUAGUUCCAUAUCCUCAGUUGCCAACUUGACACAUUAAGAAACCUUUAAAUAUUAAAAAGAUUGCAAUUACACAACAAAACAGAAAAUGCAAUAGAACUGAGGGGAAUUAGCUGGUUUUGUAAUUCUGCAUGUACAAGAUGAAGGCCUUAUUUCUUUUCAGUUUCUUUCUGUUAUGGAAAUCAUGUGUUAAAAUUCAGCAAGACCAGUAUACCACGAAGGUGGGGAUACACCAGAAGACUUUAUUUACUCAAAACUGAUCAUGGCCGGAUUUUGAGGGGAGGUGUGGGGAGGUGCGCACCUCUCUGAGAUCGUGUUGCACCUCCCCUGAGAAUUUUUGCACCUCCCCCUAAAAGUCAUGCACCUCCCUUGGGAAAGUUUCAAUAAUAGACGAAAGUGAAAAUUUGGCAUUUUUUGGUUGCUUAGGACGUUUACACAUCGUAAGAAAGUUUUUCUGUAAAAUUGAAAUAGUGAUAGCCAUUCAUCUCUAUGUCAAGUACCCUUUUAAUGCAAUGUUUCGAAAGAAACUUUCUAGUAAUUGUAAUGAAGGGCAAGAUUGGAUGAGUUGUACAGUCAUAAUUUACAUUAAUACACUGAUACAUAUGUACACUACACUACAUGCACAUGUCACGUCGUUGCUGCCCGUUGUAAGCCCUAACUUUCCACGGGGGCCGUGAGCUAAACCGCUGCACCUCCCCUAAAUUCUUUUCUACCUUCCCCACUAUUUCCACCAAAAUCCGGCCUUGUAACUGAUCUAAGCCGCCGAUCGAUCUAACUAAAUGUUGCGUUUCCAACCUUAUGUGUUUCAAGUACUGUAGCACAACUAGCAAUAUCGCAAUUGUUGUAAAGAUGAAAUAGUCCAAACUAAGUAUGUAAUUAGGUAACCGCAAUACCCGACCAAAGCGCAUCAAUGUCAAAUAUGUGCUGUAGAAAUGUCAAAUUAAAUUGUGCGAUAUUAGGAAAUUCACUUGGUCUUCUGUUUAUAUCGGAUUCGUUUUGCCGUUUACACUAAUGAGCAUGAAUCUGAUACAAAAUUAUCACAGAUAUAGAAUAUAAAUCCGGAACCUUGGAAUCCGGAAAAUUUUCUGGGAAUCUUGAAUAUGAAUCCGCAUAAUUCCCAUGUAAACGCUUUCCGUAGGGAAUCCGAAAGAAGUUACUUCCGCGAAUGUUUUAAAAAAUUGCUAUUAAAUCCAACACUCAAACUGGGUUAAACCAUCGCAUAAUAACAUUAACGGUGUCAGAAUUAUACUGAAUAUAUCAUUAUAAUGCAUUGACAAUAUUCGUUGUGUCAGCCUGUAUGAUGAAAACGCCCCAUGAAUUUGUAUACUUGAACUAGGGAUCCAAGGAUAGUGUGAAGUUUCAAAUUGAAAAAGAUUCUGCAAGAACUAUAUAGGGUCGCUGACAACCUAGAAAAGGUGAUGUCUUACACUACGAAAUAAACAAUCACCAACGGCAUUUCAUUUCAUUAUAUAUUGCUUUUAAUGCGCUCGACACACGAGUAGCGUGACGUUUGAAACAAGCCUAACACAUCAGAAACGUGCUUUGUGAAACUGAUACAAUUUAUCUAUUUAUUGUGAUGCCACACGCGACAAUUCGAAAUUUCAAUUGCAGCUGUCGCUAAAAGCAUCCACACAAGGCUACUGCAAACUUAUAAUUGAAAUAGAUGUAUACGAUAUGUUAUAAAUAAUAAGCACUACGUCGUUACAUCAUUGAAAGGAAGCAUUUUAUCUUCAUCCGUUCCGUAUUUUUUUCGCAUUUCCGUUCUGUGGUCCGUGUAGUAACGUGCCGAAACAGAAGAUAAACGAGCCCAGUGUAAGAUACAAAAUAUAUUGUCUAAACUAAAUACAAGAUGGCGGAACACUCUUUUAUACAUGCCCCAACAUGCGUUGGGGUCGUCAAUGCACAGGGGUACCGUACUCUACACCUUCCCCCAAGUAUACAAUUGUCAUACUUCAACAAUAUUUUAUGUAACUAAUUUGCUUACCCACUAGAGUUCAAUGUUCCAAUUUUUAAAUAAACUAUAAUUUAUAACAUCCUAAGAAAGUCAAUAAUAUACCUCACUAAUUUAAUUAAACUAAAGUCCUAAAUUGUGAAUGUUAAUUAUUCAAUGUUCUACUUAUCGUCAUCCAUCAGCUUCACAAGUCCAAUCGCUGGGGAGGUCGAACAACUCUACCAGAACGGGUGGUGGUAUACUGAGUGGAUUGAGCCCCAGAUGUCGGCGCAGCAGGAGGUACUAUGGGUGGCGUUCGUGGUGGUACAGGUUGCUGGGUUGUGGGGGUAUCAACAGUUUGUUCUGCGCGGGUAGGUUCCGUUUCUUGACUCCCUUCGGUAAUGGAGACUAAGGCAGAUCGAUUACGCCUAAGAAUUCCUUUGUCAGUCUUCACAAGGUAGGAUCUGGGAUACUGGGUGGAAGAAAGGAUCUCACCUUGCUUACUUUGAUCCUUGACCCAUACUGCAUCUCCAGAGUCAUAGGUGGGCAGCUCUCUUGCCCUAUGCCUACGGUUGAAAUUGGUUUCUUGUGCUCUACGGUAGGACUUUUCCUUGGAUACCACCCUCUCCAACUCAAAAGUAAGGUCCUUCGGUUUCAAUGUAUCUGGGAGAACGGGUAGCUGUGUCUUUAGCCGGCGACCCAUAAGGAGCUGGCUUGGCGACAAACCAUUCUGAAGGGGUGUCGAGUGAUACGAUAGAAGGGCAAGAUAAGGGUCUUGGUUCUUCUUCAAAAUCUCCUUUGCAGUACGCACUGCCCGCUCGGCUUCGCCAUUCGCUUGAGGAUACCUAGGUGAACUUGUGGAAUGAAUGAAGCCAUAGGUUUUCGCAAACUUCCUGAAGGCUUCGGAUGCGUACUGAGGACCAUUGUCCGAAAUAACGAUCUCUGGAAUCCCAUGAGUGGCAAAUAGCUCCUUGAGGAUAUUGAUCACGUAGUCAGACGUCUGACUGUGAAGCCUUUUAAUCUCCAACCAACGAGAAUAGUAAUCAACAACAAGAAGAUAGAUUUUCCCUUGAAAGUCGAAGAGAUCCAUACCGAUCCGUUCCCAUGGGCGAGAAGGGAAAGAACUUGACAUGAGUGGUUCUUUCUGGUCUUGUCUCACCUUUGCACAAGUAUUACACUUAGAAAUCAUCUCUUGAAUAGCAGUUGACAGUCCAGGCCACCAGACUGAGUCACGUGCUCUUGCUCUACACUUAGUUAUCCCUAGGUGACCAGUGUGGAUGCAGUCAAGGAUAUCCAACCUCAGGGCUCUCGGAAUAACAAUUCGAUCGUCAUAUAACAAGAUAUCAUCCACAACUGCUAGGUGGCUCUGUGCCUCCCAGUAUGGUCGCAUUAGCGGCUGGUGGGGCCUAUAGGUGGGCCAACCAUUUACACAAUACUUGCGGAUUAGAGAACAUUCUUCAUCUACUUUCUGAGCUGCCCGUAUUUCCUGCAAGCGAUUUGUAGUUACAGGUAAUGUACCCAACAUCUCGUUUGUAUAGCUCUCUACUUCCUCUACAAGAUUGUGAUCGUCUCCAUCCGGUUUACCAACAGGAGCGCGAGACAGUGCAUCUGCGACAAGCUGUUGCUUUCCAGGGACAUGGACGACGU